UUUGUAAUUUUGUCAAGAUACAUUUGGAGAGCACAGACAGAUAGAACAGCCAAUAUGGAAAGACUGUUCUUAAGUCCUACAUACUGUGCUGUACUGAGCACUGAGUCUAUAAUGUUAAACAGAAGAAGGCAUCCAUGCAAAGUAGUCCCUGAUCAUAAACUUAAUGCGGAGGGACAGAUAUCAGACAAGUAUUACAAGAUCAAAAUUAUUACAAACCGUACCAUUGACGAUGACGACGAUGAGAUGUUGGAUGGCGACACAGCAGAUUUGCCUACAGAGGAAAAUGUUGAGUUAGGUCCAGCAGAGCCAGUUGAGGGUGACAAGUCUAGUAAUCCCUACACCCCCAUGCUGUACGCCUGCGCUACAAUGUGGCACGAGACACGCACAGAAAUGGUUCAGCUUCUCAAGUCCAUUCACAGGCUAGACAGAGACCAGUACAUCAGGAAAAUAGCCAAUGACAAUGUAGGAGGAUAUGAUCCAGAACUCUACAACUUUGAAGCUCACAUUUUUUUUGAUGAUGCUAUGGAACUGGAUGAUGAUGAUGAGAGAGUUCCAAACCGCUGGGUCAAAGACCUGGUAGCAUCUAUGGACGUAGCCUGCAGUUCUGUUCACAACAAGCCAAUGAAAGUUCAUGCUCCUAUUAAAGUCCCCACUCCCUAUGGUGGACAACUCAUCUGGCAAAUGCCGGGAGAAAACCUGCUGUUUGUUCACAUGAAAGACAUGAGUAAAAUCAGGAACAGGAAGAGAUGGUCACAGGUGAUGUAUAUGUACUAUCUGCUGGGCUUCAGACACAUAAUGACGUGCAAGAAUGAAAUGGUUGAAGAAAUGAUGAAAUUGAGAGAAAAACGUGGCCAGUUUGGCCUUACAAUCCAGCAGAUAAAUCAUUUGCUGGGAGAAAAUGCUACUGCAAGGGCCAACAACACCUUCCUGCUGGCACUGGAUGGUGACACAGAUUUCUAUCCAGGGUCCAUCAAAAUUUUACUCGACCGCAUGAGAGAUGAAAAUGUUGGCGCAGCCUGUGGAAGGAUUCAUCCCAUUGGCAGUGGCCCUAUGGUGUGGUAUCAGAAGUUUGAGUACGCUCUUGGCCACUGGUUACAGAAAGCAGCAGAGCAUGUGUUUGGUUGUGUUCUGUGCAGUCCUGGUUGUUUCAGCUUGUUCAGAGCAGCGGCUCUGAUGGACACCAAUGUGAUGAAGAGAUACACAACAGAACCCACUGAGCCCACACACCAUCUUCAGUAUGACCAAGGUGAGGAUCGCUGGCUGUGUACUCUAAUGCUGCAGCAAGGAUAUAAAAUUGAAUACGCUGCAGCAGCUGAUGCCUGGACCUUCGCCCCUGAAGGAUUCUUUGAAUUCUUCAACCAAAGGCGCCGUUGGAUGCCCUCAACAAUUGCCAAUAUAUUAGAUCUACUUGGCUCCUCCCAGCUCACAAGGAAGAAAAAUUCUAACAUCAGCAUGCUGUACAUACUGUACCAGUGGUUGCUUAUGCUGAUGACAAUACUGGGCCCAGGCACAAUCCUAAUGAUGAUUGCAGGUGCAAUAAAAUUAGUGUUCAAACUAGAUCUGGUGGGAUCCUAUGUCUUUGCCGUAGUCCCAGCAGCCAUUUACAUCAUAGGCUGUUUUUGGCUGAAGUCUCAGCACCAACUGAUAUUUGCUGCGGUACUCAGCAUUUUUUACACCUUCAUUAUGAUGAUAGUCCUUGUGGGGACGAUCCAAACAGCAUCACAGGAGAAUGUCUUUCACCCCAGUGUCAUAGUCAUAGUCAUGCUGACUGGGAUUUUUAUCAUAGCUGGAAUCUGCCAUCCUCAGGAAAUUGGAUGCCUAGUUCACGGAGUACUCUACCUCCUAACAAUCCCAUCUGGUUAUCUGCUCCUUGUUAUCUAUUCAAUUAUCAACCUCAACGAUGUCUCAUGGGGGACCAGAGAGGUGCCCACUAAAGCUCAAAGAUUGGAGAUGGAACAAAAAAGGAAAGAAAAAGAAGAAGAAAAAAAGAAACAGAAAAAAGGAUUUUUUGCUAGGAUGUUUAAUAGAGGCGAAGAACAUAUCAGAGAACUGACCAGCUUGGUUAAGACGCUGAUACCCCAGAAAAACAACCAAGCAGCUGUUCUAGUCUCUGAUGAACAGACAGACAACAAGGUCAUUGAACUUCUGGCUAAAAUUGAGAGUAAUCUUGGUCGCUUGCUCCAAGAUGGAGGCAAUAGAGAAACAGGAACAUCUACUCUGCAGCAAAUCAUCGUUGAGCAGCCACAGCUUGGGAAGUCGCAAAAACCUUCAUUGCAGUCACAAGAUGGAAAGUCACAAAAACCAUCACCAGUCAUUGAACAGCCCACUAAAACAACCCCAGCUCCCAAAAACAAAAAAGCAAAAAAGAAAAAAAUAAGAAAUGAACUGAAGAAUCCAUUUUGGGCUGAAGACAAAGGAUUAGGAGAUGGGCCAACUAUAGAAGGCAAUGAAAAGGAAAUGGAAUUUUGGCGAGGGUUUGUCGACAAGUAUCUGCUCCCCAUCAAACCAACGGCAGAUGAAAGGAAAAAAAUAGCAGAUGGAUUAAGGGACUUGAGGAAUUCUUCAGCUUUUGGGUUAAUCAUCCUGAACUUGCUGUGGAUGGCUCUCAACUUUAUGUUCCAGUACACACAGGCUGCCCGCAUCGCUUUCAAAUAUGAUUUUGAGGCAAAGAAAUAUGAAUUUGAGGAAAGUGUUCUUGGAUUUGGGUUUGUUGGUCUCCUUUUGUUGCUGCUUCUGCUGCAAAUGGUUGGAAUGCUAAUUCACCGCAUGGGAACUCUUCAGCAUCUUUUGGCUAUAACUGAAAUUAUUGUGAGAAACCAAAAGAGUAGCAUCGCAAAUGAAAAACUUGAAAGAGAAGCUGCCAUUAGGCACAUCAAGGAGGUUUUAAAAAUUCCUGUAACUGGUGAUCAAGGUACAACAACUGAACCUCCUAUCAUUGCACCAAAGGGCAAUAACUUUGGAAAAUCUGUUUGGGCUUUCUCUGAUCGAGGUGCAUCUAGAGGCACUCACAAUAAUGAGCAUAUUAGAGAAACACUAAGAAAGACAAUUAAAAAUAUGGGGCCUAUUUUUGAUGCUCAGAGAUCCAAUGGCCCUCUUGAUAGGAGAACACUACAAACAUUGAACAGUGUUAGACAGAGACUGAAUGGUAGUUCUCUCGGCGGGAUCGCACCUAAUUUAGGUAUGUCAGUUCGACCUAAGCUUCCACCUCGAGGCAGAUCUCAAACUGCUAAGGUUGUCCAAUCCGGCUUUGGGUUUACAACCAAAGAGCUGCGAGACUUAAAUAUCAUGGAGCCGGAUUAUGACACAGAUUCCGAUUUGCAAGGGGGGGCCAUGGCCCGGACUCUAUACCACAGAUCAAAGUUGAUCAAUGCGGCAACCAGUUCUAUGGAGAAUGGGACCCCUGCUUUUAACAGCAAUGAUGUCCCAGUGAGGAGACAAGUUUCAUUCUCAAGACACCGUCAGUUUCAGAGUGAAAGAUUUGAACGUUUGUAAGUUUUAAAGUGCAAGUUUAUGAAGAGAAUUUUGUAACGUUUUUUAAAAAAUGACAUUCUAUCAUUCAAUCUAUGAUUUCAAGUCCAAGCUCCAGAAAUCGUUACAUUGCCAAAAAAAAAAGAAUCAAAAUUACUUCAUAUUUAUGAUUGUAAAUGUAAGUGUGAGAGUUUAAGAUUUAAUCAUAUGUGGGUAUUAAAGGGCUAGAUUUCUUUAUUUGUAAAACAAAACAAAUCCAAUAGAAAAUGAUGUGAUUAUUUAUGUGUAAUUUAAUUUCAUUCCUUAAAAUUUUUCAUUCCAAUUAUUAUAACAAAUUUAUUAUGUUCUAUACACCAUGACAUUAUGCUAUUUAUACUCUCAUUCAAGCUUUCUUGAUUGUUCUUAAAAUGCCUGACUUACUUCAUAUAUUGAUUUUAAAAUUAAAAGUCACCAUUUCUGCCAUGUCAUAAUAUUUAUACUCACACAUACUAUACUUUUUUUUAUCAAACAUGUUGGCUUGAUUAAUAACUUGUUAAUUGUUAAAUUAAAACAAGGGAAAAAAACUGUGAUUUUUUAAUUUCUAUUUAUUUAAAACUUUGAUGUCAGAUUUUUACAAUCGUGUUAUUAUGCAUUAUCAAUAUAUGUUAUAUAAUAAUAAUUUAUUGAAUAAUCCUUUUAAUGAAUACUUGUACUUACUUAAAUUUGGUCAUAAGUUUUAAUGUAAAAUAUUUUUUUAAACUGAGCAAAUAAAAUCAUAACCCAUUCAGCAAACAUGUUGCAAACAUUGAGAGAAAAACAAAGUUUCAACCUAUAGAUAAAUUAUUCAAGAAAUGUAACUCAUAAAUUUUGUUUAAUUUACACACAUUAAUGAAGUUUACUUUCUACAAAAAUAGUACAUUAAUUCCACUAGUUAUUUAAUUUUGCAAAUCCCUAAAUCAAUGCAUUUGUAUGUUAAUUACAUUUUGAAACAACCAUAAAGGCUUUCAUCUUUCUCCUUUUUUUUCUCCAAAGUUGUUUUCUCAUACCAGUGAGGUUAUUUUUGGAAUUGCAAAUUUAAAUAAGAAAAUUUACAAUUUUUUAAAUUGUAUUUUCUCUGUAAAAAAAUAUAAAAUGGUGUUAAAAUAUUAUAUAUGACAUAUUUAAAUUUCAUUUUUAAAAUGUUUGUUGGAGUAUAUUGUUAUCAUGUUGGCUUUUAUUCCAUGACACCUGUCAAUAAUGAUGAUAGCCUCCCUGUGAGGAAAAUAUGCCUGAGUAGACACGCUAACUCCCUCAUCUAACUUUCAAUCAACUGUUUUCAAUAAUCAAUUUUGUUUUGUUGUGCAUCUUAAGGUUAGAUAAAUAUAAAUUAAGUUUUAGAACAUUUAACAUUAACAAUUACUGGUAUUGUAACAGUUAUCAAGUAAUGGUGUUUUUAAAUAGGCCUUCUUCUCACAGUUAGUGAAAGGCAUAAACAAAUUUCACAGGCGUGUAUUAAGUCUGUUUUAACUACAU